AUGGAUGAUCCUCGAGAGCCGAAAGAAGUCGACCAUUAUGAUAACAAUACGUCUGAUAGCGAUGAGGAACAUGCAAUACAACGACAGUUAGAUGAAAUCGCUGCUCAACGAGCAGACCUAGAGAGAAGAUUACAAUCGAAGAAAGAGAGAUCUAAAAUAUUAGAUCCUAACUUUAGAGGUGCUCAAGUUCCACGUUCCCCUGAGAAGAAAAAACCCAUAGCUAAGGCUAGUUACCAGAAAAGUCUUCAAGACCAGCAAAGGACGGCAAACCUAGCUCUUCAGCAAAGCUUAAAUAAUAAUGAAGUUAUGUUAUCAGCAAAACUUGAACGUGAGUAUUCAGUUAAUAGUGAUGGUACAAGUGUGACUAAUAAACCAUCUUACUUUUCAAAACAAUUCCGACAAUCGAAACAACAUGGUAAGGAAGCCAUUCAACAAUAUCAAGAAAUGAUGAGCACUAGAGUUCAUGCAUUUGAUAAUGUCACUGAAGGUAAAACAUAUCCAACAAUAAUAACUGAUGAAAUAGACGAGUUUUCUAAUAUGUGGGUGAAGAAAAGGUAUAUUCCUUCUAGUGAUUUGAAAGACAUGCUCCAAGAUAUAAAAGUUCUGCGAUUAAGUAAACUAUUUGCUAAAGUACGUCCACCAAAGUUUCAAGAACCUCAGUAUUCGAAUUGGGCCACUAUCGGGAUAAUAUCAAAGAAGGAUGAAAUCAAAUUCACAUCUUCUGCAAAACCUCAAAAAUAUUUUAAAUUUGUCAUAACAGACUUUAAACAUACCUUAGAUAUAUAUAUAUUUGGUAAAAAAGGAGCAGAAAAAUAUUAUAACCUUAGAGUAGGUGAUAUUAUCGCAAUAUUGAAUCCUGAAAUAUUACCGUGGCGCCCAAGUGGUAGAGAACAGUUUAUUAAAUCAUUUAACCUACGAAUUAGUCACGGUUACAAUUGUAUCCUAGAGAUCGGUCAAAGUAAGGACAUAGGGUGGUGCCCUGAAAUUAUUAAAAGCAAGAAUAUUGCUUGUGGAACUCCUAUCAAUAUAUCUACAGAUCGAUGUUGUGAAUUCCAUCGGGAAAUUCAGUUCCGUAAAACAAAUUCCAAACGUGUGGACUUAACUGGUAACUAUGCCUUAGGAGCUCCAAUGAAGGCUGAGAAUCAACCUAUGUUAUAUAAAUCCAAGACUGGAUCUGCUAAUGCAAAACCAACUACAAAUCAAUAUCGAAUGCUACCGAGUUGGUCACAACAAAAUCCUCAGUUCUAUGAUAAAUAUGGAGGGAAAUCCAGACAUUUCAGUUCAUCAUCAGCGGCUAAGGCAUUCUUUGAUGAGAAAUAUCAAAAUCCUGAUAUGUUAACAAAUUUAGAUAACAAGAAGAGAAAAGUUAUGGAUAAGAGAAAAGAUUCUCAAAUUGAUAAACAAUUAAAUAAAAUAUUGAAAAGGGGUACAAAUGAUGUUGAGGGACUAUCAAAUGAAAGGAAAGCAAAAAAAAUGAAAGCAAACACUCAGCAUGUAUUAGAAGGUGGACUAAUUCAAAGAUUAGGCUUUGAUCCUACUCAUGGGCAAAUGGCCACCGUUUUGAAUCAUCAUACCAGCGACAUGAAAUCAAAAAGUACACAUCCAAAUGAACAAAGUCAAUCAUUACGCAAAAAGAAUAAUGACAUUAACGAUUUAAUGAAUUUUAAAAAGGAAAAAGUUUUCUUAAAACCUUCAAAAGUUGCACUUAUGAAUAAAAUUAAUCACAGAGAAAGUGUAUAUAGAGCUACAUUCCAGGAAAAUGACAUUCCAUCAAAAGAAAUUAAUGAUAGCGAUAGUGAUUUGGAUAUUAUUUAA